AACCACCGACGGAAACGCUCCUCGGAUCAGCUGCCGACAGAUUCAGAAAGUAAAAAAGUGAAAGAAAACAACAACCCGGAGCUGAUAUUUGUUUCGUGUUUGCGGUGAACUGAUGGCCGGCACCGCGCUGAAGAGACUCAUGGCGGAGUAUAAACAGCUCACUCUGAACCCACCUGAGGGGAUCGUUGCAGGUCCGGCCAACGAGGAGAACUUCUUUGAAUGGGAGGCUCUCAUCAUGGGUCCUCAGGACACGUGUUUUGAGGGCGGAGUGUUUCCGGCCGUCCUCAGUUUUCCUUCUGAUUAUCCUCUCAGUCCUCCCAAGAUGAGGUUCACCUGCGACAUGUUCCACCCCAACAUCUACCCUGAUGGUCGGGUGUGUAUCUCUAUCCUCCAUGCUCCUGGAGAUGAUCCGAUGGGAUAUGAGAGCAGCGCUGAGCGGUGGAGUCCAGUUCAGAGUGUUGAGAAGAUCCUCCUGUCUGUGGUCAGCAUGCUGGCAGAGCCUAACGAUGAGAGCGGCGCUAACGUGGACGCGUCUAAGAUGUGGCGUGAGGACAGAGAUCAGUUCUACCGGCUGGCUCAGAAGAUCGUCCGUAAGUCUCUGGGCCUUUAGAGGUCAUGUGAUCGCCCGGCGGUGGCGGCGCUCCGUGGCGGCGUGGCGGCUUCACGCCUCUCAGACCUUUUUUCACCCAGAGAACUUUUAACCUGCAGCAACUUCACCGUCACCAUGGAAACCAAUAACACACACACACACGCACACGGAGCGCCGUGACAGACAGAUCGACAAACGGACGUUUGGAUCAAAACAAUCUGCAAAUUUACUAAAAGUCAAGAAGAAGAAAAUCAGCCCACAGGUCACGUGAUCAGUGACAUCAUCAUCGUUACAGUGACAGCAGCUCGGAAACUUUGUUAUUAUUAUUGUUUUAUCAUAUAAAAAGCCUUUAAUGUGUUCAGAGCUUCAUUUAAUUGUCAGUUUCAAAACUAAAAAACAAAAACAAAUGUAUUUUCCUGUUGUUUUUCUUCUGUUAUUUUGUUUUUAUUUUACAACCAGAAUAGAAAAACAGUUUUUUUUUCCUUAUAUGUGUUAAAACAGAAAAACACUGUUCUGUUGGUUCAUUUGAUUAAACAAAAAACAAUCAUGCUUAUUUAUAUUUCUGAUUCCGUUUUGAAACAGAAACAUUAAAAGAACGAACAGAUUUAUCCUGCUGCUUCGUGAUCUAAACAUUUCCAAAAGACAAAGAUCUGUAUUUUUAUCCCAUUAAAUAUUGUUUCAGUCCACAUUUGUUAGCAUUUAAACUUCAAACUGCAGCUGAAUCAACAGGAAACUGACGAGUUAUAGUCAUUAAAGUUAUAGUCAUUAAAGUUGAUUUAAUAAAAAAAAAAGACAAACUGUAAAAAAUUAUUAUUCAAACACGAGCUGCUGAAAAAAUCCUCCUGGUAACCUUUGGUGACCUCUGGUAACCUUUGGUGACUCCUGGUAACCUUUGGUGACCCCUGGUAACUUAUGGUAACCUUUGGUGACCACUGGUAACUUCUGGUAACCUUUGGUAACCCCUGGUGACCUCUGGUAACCUUUGGUGACCACUGGUAACUUCCUGUAACCUUUGGUGACCUCUGGUAACUUCUGGUAACCUUUGGUGACCACUGGUAACCUCUGGUAACCUUUGGUGACCACUGGUAACUUCUGGUAACCUUUGGUGACCACUGGUAACCUCUGGUAACCUUUGGUGACCACUGGUAACUUUUGGUGACCACUGGUAACUUCUGGUAACCUUUGGUGACCACUGGUAACCUCUGGUAACCUUUGGUGACCACUGGUAACUUCUGGUAACCUUUGGUGACCACUGGUAACCUCUGGUAACCUUUGGUGACUCCUGGUAACCCCUGGUGACCCCGACCCUCGGCUGUUUUUAUUCUCUGAAGACGUUUGAUGAGUUUGUUUCUCAGAGCUCCUUCAGCUUCUCUCGGUUGGACUUCAAAUGCACUUUAUCUGGAGGACGAGUGUCUCGGUCUGUCGUUGGCAGGACGAGUGUCCCCCCUCUGUUGAUGGAGGACGAGUGUCUCCGUCUGUCUCUGACGGCUGCUUUAAAGGUUUUAUUUUUCAGAGUGAAGCUGUUUUUAGUU